AGAGAAAAACUGCUUAGAUAUGAUAUUGAAUCCAAAACUGAGAACAAGUAAUGUAAAGUAUAAUUAAACUUACAAUGAUUACGUACGAACUAAAUUGAAUUGGGAGAAAUGGAACAAAAACAUGAAGAAAGGAAGCUGCUUGGUUUCUAAUUGGUGCUGCGGCUAUUCUAGAAAUAAAGAGAAGAAAAUCUACUGCUGUCUUCUGGUUUGCUGCUGCGGCUAAUUGGAAUAAAGAACAGACAGAAUAGACGCUGUGGCUAAAAUGAAAAAGUGAAAAACUCUGCUGCGUCUAAGUGCUUAGAGGAGAAUGAAUGGAAUGGUGCGGCUGUCUUUUUCUCUUGUAUGCACGAAUGAAAGAAUGGGCUCUUUUCGGUUGCUCGUUCCAGGGAACAAAAAGAAAACCUCAGCUCUUCCUUUUUUGUUUUUUUUUGGGCUUACAGUGAAUGAACAAAAUGCUGCGGUUUUUUUUUCUUUAUUGGAAUGCAUUUAGGGCUGCACCAAAUAACUUAUAAAAGAACUCUGAAGCGAUCCGGCCCAAACAGUUCACCACAAAUUCAGCCUAUAACAAUCACAACUCACCACAACUGCUAAUAAUAUGUAACUUUACCAUCAAAUUACUCCAAAAAUGUCAAAUUGUGUACAAAAAUACUACACCGAAUACAAAUGCCACCGGGACCGAAAAAUAACAAAUUUUCACUCAAAACUCCCAAUAGUCAUCCGGUUUAUUAUAAAAAUUAGACAAUUAACACCCAAAAUAUGGGUGAAAAGAUAGGAACGGAACGAGCCUAUCAAAUCUCCCCACACUUGAGCGUUGCUUGCCCCCAAGCAACAAUGCAUUAAACCCAUGGAAAACAUAAAUAAUCACAUGUAACACCUGAUUCAAAAAUCAUUCACACCCAAAACAAAUGACUGCACAAGAUCUUUUCUUUCUUAACAACGAAACCAAGAUUCACAUGCUAAACAAUAUUUUCAAAAGUAAAGUCCCUCUCCAACCAACUAAAAUGUAAAGAAAAACAUGAUGGUCCCAACGGUGUAGGUGUGUGAAAUUCAAACCACCAAUCAUUCCAAAAACCCAAGAAUUGUGUGAUAAAACUGGUAUACUCAUGAUUCUUUUUUUUUUUUGAAUAUGUAAAGUUGACAAGGUUCUGGAUUACAGGACUGAUUCAAGUUUUAGGGCCUGGGAGUUUAUCUCAUUACUGUGUACUCAACUCUCACACGAGGUGAUUCGCGAGAUGAGCAGAGCCCCAUUUCGGGGAUGAAAUUCUCGACACACGAAGUGUAACCCCAUUACAAGAAUCAGUUACCUGCUUAGCAUGAAGUUAUCCCGAUAUGCUUAGAAAGCAGAGCUCCUUAUGGAGUAAGGAUUUUCAACACCUGGCCAGUUAAGGAAUUUUUGAUGCGAACUAGUCAAUCACGAGUAAAACCGAAUUCAAUCAACACAAAUCAAACCAUCCAACAUGCCAACAUUUCCCAAGAAUAUACACACCACCCCGAUGAUUACACCAUUACUAAUUCUUUCCAAGAAAGAUGGAGGAGAUGGGAGAUUACAAAAGAAAGUAAAGAUUAACAAGUUACCUCUGUUGCGUUGCUAAACUAGAAAAAAAAACCGUGCACCUCAAAAUGUUGUUGGACAGAAUAACCUCAUCACCAAAUGCCAUGUACAAGCAACAACCAAACCUCCCCACACUUAGGGGUGACAUCGCCCUCGAGGUCAAAGAAAAGAUUUAAAACAAAAAAAUAGCAGGGGCAAGUUAAAAAAUAAAAAGAUUUCCAGCCCGGCAGCACUAUCAUAAUCAGAAUAAUAAUCAACACCAAUCAACAAAGGAGUAAUAUGAGAGUAAACACACAUUAUUAGCAGCGUAGUAAAAGUUGGCAGAUUACCGUACAAGCCAAACGAUGGUGAAUAACCUCCAGAAUACUUCAUAUCUCCGCAUCAACUAGCUCCUCGGUCUCUGGUGGUGAUAUGUCAACACAGAAUAACUUUAAGACUCUGCAUUUGAUGCUUCCUCGAUCUCCUGUGGUGGAAAAUCUGGUAGUGUGCCUAAAACUAUGAUCAUUGGGCUGGAAUGACUCUCCUAGACGUGUAGAGGCCGCUGAAUCCUGCCACUGGAAUGCUGCAAUAAUACUUACUGAGGCUGGCCAGUUCAUUCGUGGGAGAAGAGGACAGGUCAAGGUACUGACCCACGACCUAACUUGAUGUGUGAACUGCUGCCCGGUGUGUUAGCUCACGUUCUGGCUGCUACCAUGGAGGUUUACUCCUCAUGAGGAAGUGAGGAACCCGCUAAACAGAUCUGGUCCCGUGUCUUUUCAAGCUAAAAGGAGCUUGAAACUCUAUGUCUCCUGUGCAGAAUGUUGUUCCCAGAAGUACUCAGUCCGAAUUUUUCUUUCCGUCCGAAAGAGAGCUACUGGAACUCCUCCAUCUGCACCUCAAAGGCCAGCUGCUCUAGUCCUAAAAAAAAUCAGCAUGUGGCGUCAUCAAGAAUCUCCCUCAGUCUGUCAAAAUCUUCAUUUUUUGAGCAAGUGCAGGUCUUGAAUCCGAAUUCAGGUCAAUGACCUGAUGUGAAACUGCAGCAGCUGAAUAGCCCCAUCAACAUAGGACGUUUCUUCAUAAAGACCAGUCAAUGAUCACCAUGCAGCACCUACAAUUCAAAGCAACAAAGAAAUCCAACCGCAAAACCACAAGACGAAAUCACAAAAACAAAGGGGAAAAAAGGCAAAAACAAGAAAUAAUAAACUCCUGAUUCUAUUUUUUUUUGGUAAUUUUUUUAAUGGUGGGUUGCCUCCCAGAAGCGCUUCUUUAACGUCACUAGCUUGACAAGGAUUCUCAUUCCUAACCUGGUUCAAGGCUUAAAACCUCCUUAAAGUCAACAAUAAACUCUUCGAAGAUAGUUAUCAUACAACGCAUAAAUGUCACCAAUUUUUUCUUUUGUCCCGACUCUAACUGAGCUGAAAUAAUAACAGGGUGCUGGCCCUCUAAGUCCAAAAACGCAUACUCCAAAUGACUAGGGAGUGGUUUGAGUUCAAGAUUAACCUUAUCAGUGGGCUGUUCCUCAAACUCAGUAAGCAACUUAGAGAAAACAUCAUCCUUAAUCACCUGCUCGCAAUCAACAGUCAUUUCUUCUUCAUUUUCGGCCACAACAUCCCCCAUAUAAUGAAUGUCACUAUCCGGUGGGGUAAUAUCACUAUCGCCUCCAAACAAAUACCCCUCCACUGACUCAAACAUAUCAAGAUAAUUGCAUGAUUCAGUGGGAUCUGAGGCCUUACUCAUCACAUCUGAGAGUUUAAAGGUACACACAUCGUCCCCAACUCUCAGAGAAAGUGAACCAUCAGCAACAUCAACAAGGGCCCUAGCAGUAGCUAGAAAAGGCCUCCCUAAAAUAAUUGGAGUCUCACGAUCUUCCUCCAUGUCCAUGACAACAAAAUCAACAGGGAAUAUGAACUUUUCCACCCGUACUAAUACAUCCUCUAGAAUUCCUUUCGGGUAUUUCACCGAUCGGUCCGCUAGCUGGAGGCUCAUACGAGUGGGCUUAAGUUCACCCAAGCCAAGUUUCAUGACCACAGAGGAAGGCAUCAGGUUGAUGCUAGCUCCUAAAUCAGCUAAAGCAUUAUUAAACUUAAAAUUUCCAAUAGAACAAGGUACAAGAAAACUCCCUGGGUCUUUUAAUUUUGGAGGCAUGGUCUUCAGAACAACUGCUGAACAUUCUGCAUUAAGAUCCACCACUUCUGGCUCCUCCCACCUCCUCUUUUUGGUGAGGAGGUCCUUCAGAAACUUUGCGUACCUCGGCAUCUCUGUCAAAGCCUCCAUGAAUGGCAUAUUAAUAUGCAGCUGCUUUAGAUGCUCCAUAAAUCUGAUCAGGUUCGCGUUAUCAUUGCUCUUCUUCACCCGUGUAGGGAACGGGAGGGGUGGAGUCUUCUUACUCUCCGCUUUCUUCUGAGAAUCUUCUUUUUGAGCUUCAUUACUCUUUGCUGGAAUAGGGGCAGCCACUAGUUCUUCUUCAACCUCCUGGGAAUCUGAGCCUUGAGGUUGCUGGUCAUCUCUUUGUUGAGGUACUGGCAGAAUAUCAUCUUCUUUAAGAGUUCUCCCGCUGCGUAGUGUAACUGCCUGCACUUGCUCCCUUGGAUUGGGUUCUGUUGAAAAAAAAUGAUGUUGAUGAAUUCUUGAGUCCGUUGAUUUUCCCCAAAGUUUUGUGAUUGAGUCCCUUAAAUGCUCUUGUUGAAUGCUCUUACGAGUGCUGUUAAAAUUCCUUGAAUUAUUUGUUUUUGAGCUUGUUCAAUAAGGGAAAGAAUGUGUGAGGAUGUAGGUUGCUCGCUUUGCUUAUGAAAAUUCUUCCGAUUUGUAGUGGCAUGUCGCGCGUUUGUUGCUUUGUCGGGGCUUUGAGUGUUGUACUUCAUAGUUGUGAUUCUUAGGGAGUGCGCUAGUGGGCUACUUAUCCUUUGAUAUAGUGUGGUUGUUCCCGGGCUAAUUCUUUAUUGUUAUUGAAAUUGUCCAGAUGCCGCGGGCCAAGGGGAAGAAAGCGGCAUCAUCUUCACGCGCUCCCAAGGAUGUCCCACCGCCAUCUAAGCGGUCCCGACGUCGUGCCCCAUCAUCUCAUGCUACUGACGAGGAGUCGGAUGAGCCAUCGCGAAGACGGAAGACUGCCCCACCUCCUCCUUUGAUCCCCAUUGCGUCCCUUCCGCCCCCGAUCGCUUACUUUGCUAAAGAGCCAUCCUACCGGGUGACCUACAGUGGGCUUCAUCAAAAGCCCAUGGUACGACCCCGCGUAUUUGACCCUGUAGCACUGACAUCGGCGGGGGUGUGGGAUGAGAUUUUAGAGCUUCUGUGGGGGGAUUGGGCAGUCUUUUUCUCCAUUCGUGAGGGGGUGCACUCGCUCCUCACAUAUGAAGUUCUCUCCACGCUUACUAUUGAGCACACGAUUCGGGACCCAGAUUACCGCUUCUCUUUCAUGGCGUGUGGGAAGCGCCGCCAGAUGUCUAUCGGACAGCUUGGCGUCGCCCUUGGCUUUUGGAGCGAGGAGUUCCUUGACACCACAGAGUAUCACGCCCUUCCUCUUCAGGCUCCCGCGAGCCGCGAUCGCCAUGCCUUCUGGAAUGCCCACUCUGUCAUUGGAGCCCCUGAUCUACACUCAAAGAAAUGCAAAGCCACAUCACUUAAGUCGCCGGCUUGGAAGGUGGUCCAUAACGUCAUCGCGCACUCCCUACAUUUUAAGCCCCGCAACUCCACCACUUUCAAUCUCAAUGAUCUUUCGGUCUUCUAUUCUAUGGCGACCCGGACAAGGGUCAACACAGCAGUGGAGGUCGCCGGCAUGUUAGUGGCCCAGCAGAGCAGCUCAGUGGGCGGGAUCACUUGUGGGCCUAUUAUCACCAUGAUGGCCAGGUACUUGGGGUGCACAUCUGCGGAGUUAGCGCCAUUUGGCCCGUUCAUACCUGCUUUCUUUGAGCCGAUAUCCUCUCGAACGAUCCAGCGCCUAAAGCUGGAGCAGUUGCACCCGAGUGGUGGAGGUGCCCAUGUUACUCCCCCGAUCGAUACAGCGGUAGACACAGAGACCGACGCUGGUGGUCGUACCGAUGCGGCUACUGAUGCCGAGACAGAUGGCGCCACCGACACCGAUAGCAGAGUCCCACCCCGCCACCCCCCGCGUCCCACGUUUCAAUAACCCGAGCCCUGGACAUGCCGAGCUCCUCCGCGCCAUCGCCGGUCUCAGCCUACGAUUCGACCAUGUUGACACUUCUAUAGGAGCACUACACCAGUGUGUGCGUUCUGUAGAGUCUUCCAUUUCCCGUAUAGAGGGGAACUGGGACACGGCGAUGGGUCGCAUCACUUCACUGGAGGAGCGGGUCUCUACUUUUCCCUCAUCCCGUCCGCCGCCAGGUGGCUCGGGUCAGCCUUCUGCAAAUGGGAGCGAGCCCAUGAUUGAUGCCACUCAGCCCCCAUUCAUAUGAUUCACUCAUGCACUACUUGUUUUCUUUAGUUUUGUAUUUUUAUUUUCUGUUUGAAACUCUUGCUUUACGGGGGCGCCCAGACGCUUUGCGCUUCAUCUACGGUAUGUAUGCUACUUUAUGGGGACGCCUUGACGUUUAUUUUUGUAUUUAUGGGGGCGCCCCGACGCUCUUUGUUGUGCUUUCAUGAUCCUAUCUGCUUGUAUGCUUGCGCUUGGGUUCUUGAACCCCUCCACUGUGCUCUCUUGUUGAGACAUCGAGGCCGAUGCCUGAUUCUAAGUGUGGGGGGGUUGUGCGCUUUUCUUGAAGUGAACUAAAGCUUGUGAUUGUGGGUUUGAGUGUGGUCACUUUGACAUUUCUUGAUUGUUGUCAAGAAUGAGUUUGUAGAUGCAUGUGAAUAGGUGUAUAAACUUGUUUAAAGGUGCUCAUUGAUCAACUCUUUUGUUUGAGAUUUGUUAGGAGUUCACAUUUUGACCACUUGAGAGUUUAGAGACACAUCUUUCACACACUCACACUCAUUGCAUGAAAUGAUGAAGGCACUAGUUCACCUCCACCCAUCCACAUUUCCACUUCCAUAACCCUACGUCGUCCCCUUUAGGUGAGGCCCCGUUGAGCUUGAUCAUUUCUUUCUCUAUCCGAUUAUUGCUCUAUGGCCAUAUUGCUUCGACUUGGGACCGUGUUGGGUGUUUGAGUUUUCAUUAGGUUUUGACAGGUACACAAUGGGUGGAUUCUCCUUAAAUUUUGCCUUUGAGGGGGUUGAGAUGCAAUGACGACUAGGGUGAGCAUGGCCGCCUUUUGAAUCCUAAUGUUCCUCAUUUGUCAGGUUGUGUCGAAGUUAUUGGUUUGGGACAUUAUCCUUGGGAAUUUCAUCUCCGUGAAGGGGCUCUGCUCUACUCGUUAAUCGUGUUCUGCGAGAGUAGAGUAUAUUUUACAUGAGAUAACCCGACAAAUCAGUAAUUAGGCACAUCCAUGACCAACCAUUCCAAAAAAAAAAAAAAAAAAAAAAAAGGUUGACUCAUCCCCAUACUGAACCAAAACCCAUUUGCACACUUAAGGUAUACACUAGCAGGUGGUUGAGCCUUGAGUGUGUACCAUUGCUUGCCCACUAAAGUCGGAGCUAUAGAUGAUACCCUUUCGGGUAAGAACCCUAGUUGUGCCUUGAUGACCUUUGAUUACGUUUACAUCUGACCGUUUUUAGAUUUUUGGCCUAAACCAUCACCUUGCUACCCCAUACCUUUCAUCCAUCUUAACCAUCCCCAUAAGUCCUUUUGAUCAUGCCUUGAGUUUAGAAUGUGAGAGAGAGGUGACCUUGUGAGGAUAAGAGUGGAAAAAUGUUGACCGUGUGCUUGUGUUACUCCUUGCUUGUCUCUAUGUUGAAAGAAUUAAUCAAUGUGCAUCUUUAUCUUGAUUAUGCAUUCUGUCUCAUGACAUUCACUAUUUCUUGUAUACACUCAUUCAUUCUUGACUCAAUUGGUUGGUGCCUUGGGAACUCAUUGAACUUGUGCUCCGAGUUUUAGUUUGCUUGAGGACAAGCAAAGACUCAAGUGUGGGGGAGUUGAUAGGUGUGAAAACACUUAAUACUUUCUCAUAAAAUAUAGUCUUUGUUUGUUAACCUUUGAAGAUUUUUGCCCCAUUUUGGUUAAAUUUGUGCAAUAUUUUGGUUGUAGGAACCAUGAUAAGUAUUUGAGCAUUGUAGGGGUGAAAACGAGCAUUUUGAAGAGUCUCGAGAGCAUAAAUGGAUGAAUUGAAAACCCCGGGGACCAAGCGGAGCACAAGGAAGCAAGAAAUGAAGACUUGGAUGUGUUUUGGUGGAAGUAGCAUCAGGAACGCCAUAGGGGACGCCGUCCCUUCCGGCGUUCCCCCGUUUUGUUCCACCGGAUUUCUGAUACAAUGUCCCAGGUGUGGGAACGCUGGCAGGGAACGACGUUCCUGUCAGCGUUCCUGAGAGAACGACGUCCCAUUUGCGUUCCUCCCAGCGUCGAACUCUCUGCCAGCGGGUUGUUUGAUUUUGUAAAGUUAGGAACGCUGAGGGGGAACGCCGUUCCUGCCUAGCGUUCCCCCGAUUCCCCAUUUGUAUAAAUAGCAAUUCUUGUUCGAAUUUCCAGAAUUUUUUGGGACGAGCCCUCUUCUUGCAAACCCUAGUUUUGGUUGUAAGCUUGCUUAAACUCAAUUGCACUUCAUUUCUUAAUAUUAUUUGCAUCAAAUCUUGAAUCUAGCUUCAUUUAAUCCUUUAGAUUGCAUCAUUAUCAUAUUUUCCCUAAUCUCAUCCAUUGAUCUCACUUCAUGUCUAUGUCUAAUAUCUCUCCUAUGAAUAUGAAAUCUAGCAUGAGUGAGUAGUGGGAUUAGGGAUUGGGGGUGUUUGAGGAACAUCCAACCAUGUGAUGUGUUAGGUUUUGGGGUUUGAUUUGGGGGAAUUUGAGAAAUAUAUUAUGCACACAAUGUGUUUGUGAAAAUGCUUCUUUGUAUUUCUAAGACUUUGAUGGCCACAAUGUUCUUGGAUGAUGUUUUGGAUCCUCAAGGAGACUUGUAGAGUUCCUUUUGACACAUUCACACACACACUACCUUCCUCCAUGAGAAUGGGAGAAAGUAGGGGAAAUAAAUUGUUGGUUGGUCUUCUUUGCAUGACUUUGGAUUUCUAUUGGACCAUGAGAAUGGCCAAUAGGAGCCCUUAGUACCCCCUUGACCAUGAGAGUGGCAAGGGAACUUGUACCUAUCCCUUUGUUGCAUGACAUAUUCCCAAGUAUCCCCAUUUUGACCCCUUAUCCUUAAUCAUAGGUUGUUCCUUGUAUGCCCCCGCUUCCCUUCUAGUUUAAUUGUUAUUUACCCCCAUUGCAAUUUAGUUAUUCUCUUAAACUAAACAUACUUCGACUUGGCUAGCUUACAUGUUAGAUUUCUAGAUUGAUUUCACACUUGAUUUUCCAUAUACACCGUCCCGUGAGACGAUAUCCGGGACUUCCAUAUCCCGACACCCGUUGAGCUUCAUUGUGAAAAUGACUCAUCAAAUUUUGGCGCCGCUGCGUAGUGUAACUGCCUGCACUUGCUCCCCGGCAACGGCGCCAUUUGAUCGGUGUAUUUUAUAGUGAGUGAAGUAAAACGUAAUUGGCUAAUCCGAAGAAUAACCAGACCACAAGUAUCGUCUCUCAAGGAGUGGCAGAAAGGAAGUUUUAAAUACAGUCCGUGAUCACAGGCUAGCACAAGUCAUGGUAAUCUUUCCGAAUAAAUAUUUUUUUGAGUGGUUUAAAAAUAAAACUAACUAAUAGUGAGUGCAAAAUUAAAUAAAGAAAAAAAAAAACUAAAUUAAAUUGAUUCAGGAUAUUAAAACAGGGUUCAAAUUGGAUGGUUCGGGUUCUGGGUGUUCUUUCGGGAUUAGAAUUAAGUAAAUUGAUUUCCAAUUGUUCCUGGAAAGAAAAUGAAAUAAAUUCUCAUAGACAAGAAUUAAAUUAAAUUUUCACAAUCUUAACUUAUUUCUAAGAUCAGAUUGCUCGUAUAAGAUCUGAGCAAGUUUAACUCAAUUUCUCAUAGACAAGAAUUGAAUUAAAUCCAUACAUUCAUAUAUGAGGUGAUCAAAUUCAUAUACGCAGUUAAGUGUAAUCUUAUACAAUUUUCCAGAAAUUAAUUGAAUUUCAAAAAAACUAAACUGACACCCUCUAAGAACCCAUGAACCCUAGCCCCAAUUUAAACCCUAGAUGGAAUUAGCCACUCAUAAUAAAAAUUAACAUCACAAUAACAAUUAUAAACAUGAUAUGGAACUGGCAACAAAAACUGGAGUAUGACUAUUUAAUGGGAAAAAAAACUGAAAUUAUAAGUUGGAGAUAAACAAAUUCAAAAUUCAAUCCAAAAGUACGAACUAGUAAUGUAAAGUAUAAUUAAACUUACAAUGAUUACGUAGAAACUGAAUUGGAAGAAAUGGAACAAAAACAUGAAGAAAGAAAGCUGCUUGGUUUCUAGUUGGUGCUGCGGCUAUUCUAGGAAUAAAGAAGAAAAAAUCUGUUGCUAUCUUCUUGAUCAAGAACAGAACAAAAUUCCUCCUGCUGCUCGUUUGCGUGCUGAAUGAAUGAUUGGAAAACCUCUGCUGCGGCUAAAUGACUCCAGAAACGAAAGCAAAAACUGCAGCUAAACCUACGACUGCUUUUCUUGUGAUAGGAAUGAAUGAUUGGUGCGGCUGCUAGUAAAAAGAAACGAAAAAAUGUUGAUAAUCGAACUGCCCCUGCGGCUGAGGUUGUUUUCAGGGAGAAAACCCAGCUCCGUUUUUUCUCUUUUUGG